AUGAAGAGCAGCUUGAUUGUAGCUGUACUCCUUGGCCUUGUGGUCGUUAUGGCGUCGGCUCACGGCGGCCACCACGGCAAGGGCGCUCAUGGUCACCACGGCGGCGCUGCCAAGGAGAGCUCGCACAGGCUCACCUGCAGCUACAAGAACACCAAGGGUCACCUCUUUGACCUCAGCCGCCUUUCGUCGAAGGAUCUCCUCGUGAAGGACCUGGUGGGCGGUUCUACCUUCCACUUCAACCCUUGUGGUUCCGUGCACGCGAGCCAGUGCCCCUCGGGUGCGGCCGUUUGCGAAAUCACCGGCAAGGGCGAGGCCAUCUCGCACGGUCUUGCCUGGGACGCCCACUGGGCCGACGGAGUUGAGUCUGGUGCUUCGCUUGAGGUCAUGUACGGCCGCGGAGAGAUGUGCUCCGAUGGCGUGCACCGCAAGACGCUCGUCGAGAUGCGCUGCCUGCACUCCUCUGACCCCAACACCAGCCCCAGCUUCCUGAUGGGCGUCAUCAAGGACGAGUGCGUCCUCAAGCUCAUCGUCGAGUCGCCUCUCGCCUGCGACGUGGAGGCUAUCUGCUCCGCCGUUGUGAACGAGGCCACCUGUAACGCCAACAGCGACCUGUGCGACUGGAAGGCCGGCCACUGCGUGCCGACCGAUGGCCACCACAGCAUGUGGAGCUCGCGCCAGCGCGUGGUCACCUUCGCCAUCUCGGCCCUCAUCGGCUUCACCGCCGUCGUCUUCCUUUGCUGCUCCGUCACCUGCGCCUGCAUCGCCUGCCGCCGCGCCGCUCAGCGCAGGAAGCUGCGCCGCAGCCUGCCCACCUACAAGAAGGUUAAGAAGGUCAGCGACAAGAAGAACAAGAAGGUCGCCGCCGAGGAGCUCAGCCUCAUCACCCCCGAGACCCCCUACGAGAGUGCCCCCGUUUCCGAGGCCCAGGUCUACCCCUUCCAGCAGUACGUCAUGCACCAGGCCGCCGACGGCUCCUUCGUGCCCUUCCCCGUGCACAUGCCCAUGCCCGUGCAGCCCCACGGCGUCCCGCCCCACGCCUACUCCUACCCCAUGGUGCAGAUGAUGCCCGCCUUCCACCUGCAGCAGCACCAGCCUCAGCAGUAA